AUGUUUGCAGCAGCCGCAGCGGCCCACAUGCAUUUCCUUUCGGCAGCUGCCGCAGCAGCCUCCUUUACCAACAGUCUGCCGUCGAAUGUUCCACCAACAAGCGCAGAUAUCUCUGCAACUCCCACAUCCGGUGUUCAGCAGGGGGGCUCCUUUAACUGGAGUGAGGCUAUGGAGCAGCCUAAACCACGUCGAGAUUCACUUACCGCGCUGUCCUCUGCAACACCAAGCACGCAUUCUGAUCCCGUGUCUCGAUCAGGACUGAUAUCGACACCCCCAAUCGACCGGGAAAGUGAGUCCGAGGUCGGAUCCGCAGCUGCAACUCUUGUUCAACAACCGCCUGCACCUCCACCUCAAUUUUACUCCGUUGCCUCUUCGUCCUCAUGUGCCUCCUCCACUUCUGCUAUGCCCCUUUCGACACACUCUGAUAUGACCAAAGUUGUGGCUGCCCUUUUGGACCCAGAUUGUGGCCUGAGUUAUAUGGAUGGAAGUAUACCCCUGCCAAAACAUACUUUCUGCGGUUAUGAUCUCACAAAUUGGCUAAUUAGAAAUUUGAUUGAUGUCGUCUCUUUGGAAGUUGCGAUGAGAUAUGCUCAGGGGGGAUAA